AUAAAAUUAUUAUUAAAGAUGUAGUCAAUGGGUGAAACUAACACAAAAUAAUACAAUUAUUAAUAGUUUUGAACAAAAGGGACUGGACUCAGUAAAAUACAAGGUGAUAUGUUCAACACACUUUACAAAUCAAGACUAUUCAAUUUGGAACGAUGUUGGAAAUAGAAUGCUAUUGUAUAAAGGUGCGAUUCCGUCAUUAAAUCUACCUACUUCUGUUUAUUGUAACAAGACUGUGUUGGAUAAGCAGGAUACAACAUCAAUUUGGCGUCCAAAUGUUUUGAGUCCGUUAUUAAAGAAAAUACUGAAUAACACAAAUCGUGAUGGUAGACCGUUUAGUCAACAACCAAAAGUAUUAAGUCCAAAAGUUAAUAAAAUGUUAUGCAACAUUUAUGAAAAUUUUGAUAAAAGUUUACAGCAACCUGAAGAUACUUCCUGUAGUUUAAUAUCCAAGUCUUCAAUUAGUCUAACAAUUGACUCUGAAAAUAAUAUGAUCAAUGAUGAAGAUCUUGGCGUGUCCAAUUUAGUCAAUGAGAACAUACCAUAUAGUGAAUUAGUUCAACCUUCAAAUGUUAAGGAUGAAACAAGUAAAUCAUCUACUAUUAAAUACUUUUAUGUUUUAGUAUAUGAAGCUUUGUGCUUUUAUUAGAAUGAUAACUUCUAGAUCUAGCUUAAUACUCACUUUCUACUGUAACCCAAAACUACCAUUUUGCCUAGUUUGCCCAGUUACCUAUCCACUUGCCCGCCAAAGACUCCACAAGCAUAUUUCCUGUUCCUGAAAUUAAUGAUGAGUAACUUCACGCCGCGCAUUACGCUUUAUAUAACUGAUUUUUAAGUGAAUUGUCUAAGCUUUAUUAAUUAUUAUAUUUUAUUUUAUUUUUUUACAUCUAUUUAAUUCUCGUUUCAUAUAACACUGACAAAAUGCCUACAUUGUCUCUGAAGUACUAUUUAUACACAUUGAUAUUCAUUCAAUUAGUAAUUUAGGUAAGUAACAACGAUUAUUUAUUAAUUAAAAAUAAUUAACUUGUUUAUUUUAUUUUGUAUGCGUUUGAAAAUUGUACAUCAAUAUCAUUUACAUAUCAAUGAAUCAUGAGAUAAACCUAACACAAACGGAUAAAUGGAUCAGAAUGUAUACAAACACUGCAUUUCUUAUGACAUAACAAAUUAAAUUGAAGACUCAAAUUACUAUGAAAUAUGAAAUAUGAAUACAUUGUGUAAUGGCUGUAACAGUUUUAAUGAUAUUUUAAUAAAGUACAAUACUUCUUUGAUUAAUAGAUUUAUUUAAUUCUUAAUUUUUAUGUUCCUUUGAGCAGAGAUAGCCAAUAUGUACAAGGUAUAGUAAAUUUCCUAAAUUUGUAUUAUUUAACAUACAUAGUUACUGAAUACCUACACUUUAAGGUGUAAUUUAAAUACAACAGAAACAUUAUAUAGAAAGAGUAAUAUGAUAUUAUAGCUGGUGUUGUUAACCUUUUUUACUCAAAAUAAUUUUAUCCCUAUAUUUAUAUUGUUGCUAUUAAUUAUGAAGAUACUAGUAAGGACUUUGCUUUAUUGAAUUUAUAUAUAAUUAUGUUUAUUGAUUUCAUAUUUUCCAAUUUUUCGUGUCAGUUGAUGUUAGAUUAAGAAAAAAAUAAUAACAUUAUUGUACCCAAGAAAGUAAAUUUUAAGAAUCUUUAGGUAGAUAGAACUCAUUAUUUUAAGAGUGUCAAUUCUUUUAAAUACAUAUUCCUGUAUUUUCAAUAAUGUCUAGCAUACUAACAGAAUAUUUUAUUUGACAAUGUUUAGAUUAUCGCUUACGUGUCCAUCAUAAUACUCAAUUAUGUGACCAGGAAAAUAAGAGAUUAAGAUUAAAAAUUAGAACAAUGCAAAAGUUAAUAAAUAAAAAGAACAC